AUGAGUGAUGUCGAGGCUGUCUCACUACCCACUGCCCUGGAUGUUGGUGCCAACACGCUCGCGCCCGUGAGGGCGGACGCCCCGGGAUCCCCUGGAAAGCCGACUUCCCCUUCACGACGCGCGAGCCUGGGAUCAGAUCUGGGGUUAUUAGAGGAUGAUGAACAGGGACCUCUUAGUCCCAAGGCGGAUUCAGAGGCGGAAACUAUUAUUCAGUCCGGUCGAGAGUCGCUGUCGCCAGAAAAGAAACGCAAACAUAUACGACAUGAUCCCCUACGCCAGGCCGUCGACGGGAUCGAUGGGAUGAGGCGAAAGAAACCGCGUAUGAAUGGCGAACGUAGGCAUUCGGCCUCUCGGUCACCCAGUCCCUCGGAGCGUGCUCGAUCGCCCCCGUCGGUCGUCAAGAUCGAGAAGUUCGAGGAUCCCCUAUCCGUACCACGAAAUGUGUUGGAUGAAGCCUGUCUCAAUCACACCGACAAGCCGCGAAUCUACCGCAAGAGGAGUUUCAGCGACACUGUGGACGAAAAGGGAGAGCGCCGCCGUGGCUCGCAUGCCGAUCUUAAACAUGGCAACCAUUUGCACCUUCCUCACCCCCCUAAUACCCGCUCCCUCUCACCGUCCCGCCCGUCGCAUCAACGUUCCGCGUCGGGUUCCCAAAUCCACUCCAAGAAAAAGGCCCCUACUCCCCUUCUUACUGGUUUCCAACGACAGACGUCAGAAGACCGGCAGUCCACGUCAUCAUCCGCCAGCGGUUCUCCGUUACCAAGUGCUCAUUUGCGCCGGCUGGGUUCUGGGGUAGGCGCCUCUGCGUCCCCUGCAAAGCAAAUGGGGCCGAAGAAGCUGCGUGACAAGAGUGGCCGAACACCGCUUGCCAGAGCAUGCGCGGAUCGCAAACAUGAUCAAGUGGUCUUGCGCUUUGGCGAACGUCCGGAAGAUUUGAAUGUCCCAGAUAAUGCAGGAAACACGCCUUUGCAGAUUGCGUCCCUGAAUGGAGAAGCGUCGAUUGUUAAAUUCCUGUUGGAUUCGGGCUGCGAUAUUAAUACCAAAAAUAUCGACAAAGAUACGCCUUUGAUUGACGCAGUGGAAAAUGGUCAUGUGGAUGUGGUCAAAGUGUUGCUUGAAGCAGGCGCAAACCCUCGCACCGUCAACGCCUCUGGAGACGAACCAUACGAGCUAGUGUCCACCGAUUUGAAUGAUGAUGAAUAUGAGGAGAUCAAGAAGGCGCUUGCGGAUGCCAAGGCCAGUACACGACCGGGCCGGCGAUCGGAAGAGCGAGUUGGGUCAGAUAGCAAGGCCCCCUCGUCUCGACGAGCAUCUGCCGCUAGUCAAUCUCGGAGUCCCCCACCGGUAGGCAGUGCGGCCGCCGGUCGCCGCAAGACUGGCCGAAGCGAAGCGACGAGAAAUGACCUAUUAUGGACACAACCCACUCCGGAAAAUCUCAUGAAUUUUGCUGCCAAGGGCGAUGAGAUGGGUGUUGUGAGCAUUUUGAAUGUUCUACAGAAAGCAGACAAUGCCUCCUUAAUCGCCGCCGCAAAGGGAGGUCACCACGAUGUGCUAUCACUGAUGUAUGCCAUGGGAAAUGCGGACGCUGAUCCAAAUCCUCUACGUGGUGCUGGUCUCAAGCCGGGCUUCAAUACGCCGAUGCUAGCUGCGAUAGGAAGGGGCAACACUGGCGUCAUCAACCUUAUUCUUAGUCAACCAGGUUUUAACCCCACCCGUCGCUUAUAUGAAGACCGAACCUACUUCGAACUUUCUCGAUCCCGCCAAGGCGAAAAUUGGGAAGACGAAUACGAAAUCCUCAAAGCGGCCUAUGAAAAAUACCCAGGAGGCAAAGGUCGCAAAGCUGUAUCAUCACCUCGGCAGUCGCGCAAGGAGAAGGACGAGAAGCGAUCCGCUAGAAGAGACUCAUCCUCCCCUGUGGCUCGCCCAAAGAAACCCAACGAUAGCCCCACCCAGAAAACUCGCCCUCCCAAGGAAAUGGAUUCGCUGAAAGAGAUCAAGGAGAUCAAGGAGAAGCGACGUGAAAAGGAACGGACUGGACUAAUCAGCGCUCGCGCGAAGCUAAAUCGUGAUGCGAAUGAGAAGGCCCUUGCCAGCUCCGACCCUGACUCAAUCCACCCCGACUCCGCGAAAUCAAAAACUGUAGCCCCAGCGCGCAGAGAUAGCGAGUCCAGUGGUGCGAUUCGCCCAGAUGAGAUCCGCAAACGCCGACUAAUUGCCGGCCGACGCCCUCAAGAACGCGAUCGCCGUCCCAGCCUCUUUUCGUCUGAUUCUCUUUCUGGUCGCGAAGAAGCUCCCAAGUCGCGCAAUGAUGCCCCACCCGAUACCAACGCCUCCCUUAAGCGCAUUCGAACCGAAGCGUCCCCUGAACGAUCUCGCUCACGAGGCGGAGACAGUGACAGACUUUCACCCGAGUCCCGGAAGCAGAAGAAACGACGUGUCCUAGCUGACGACAAGUCAUCAAAUGUUCCCAACGGCCACCAUCGCAAGCCCGAAGAUUCAGGCGACGCCGAGAAACCAAAAAGUCGUCGACCUCAAGAGGAUGCUGGAAACGUGGACGCCCCCGUGCGCAAGUCUGUCGAGUCCAAGAAGCCAGAACCUGUCCCUCAGAAACCUGCCAAAGAUGACACCACUCAGAAGAAUGAUGACAUCAAAACAGAGCCAUCUGAACCCCCCGAAAAACCCGUGGUGGAUAUCUCCGCAGAGAAGAAGCGGAUUGAACUUGAGGCAGUAAAAAGGCGACAGAUCGAAGCCAAAAAGGCCGCUGAGGAAGAGCGCAUCGCGGAAGAAAACCGUCUUGCGGCAGAAGCUGAGCGAGAACGGCUUGCCAAGGAAGAAGCAGAGCGUGCUGCCAAAGCUGCGCAAGCUGCGCGCGAGAAGGCUGAGGAGGAGGAGCGCAAGCUAAAGGAAGCCGAACAACGCCGAGCCAAACAAGCCGAGGAUGAACGACUGAAGCGUAUUGAACAGGAGCGAGCUCGUAUUAUGAAGAUGCGCCGUGACCAGGAGAUGCAGGAACAACGACGCCGCGACGCUCUUCCCGGUCGUCUUCGUAUCUCUGCGAAUCUGGUUGGAGACAAUGACCGCUACAGCAAAAACCGCGAGUGGCUUCAGAAGUUUACCCCUCUGGUUACCGUCUUCACCCGGCAGCUUGAGCCCACUUGUUCUGCAGAUGUGGCGGACGAACGAUGGAUUCCGAACUACCUGGUUGCGCCUCUGCUGGCUACCAACGACCUUCAAUUGUCGCAAUAUGCUAGCUGGGAAAAACGCAAGGCCACUCCAACCCAGCGUAACAAUCUUUGGCGAUGCACUCGUCGACACUUGGUUCACACUGAUGACCCCAAGUACCGCGAUGCAUCGUUUGGAGAAAUCAUGCGGUUAGACUCGGAGACAGAGCCCAAGUAUUUCGCCAUGGAGCAUGUGUUCUGGAUCAGGCUUUCUGAUUUCAUGGAUCUUGUUCCCCACAUCCCUCAUCUUCACGGACUCCGACUCGACGACUUCCUGACAAUGCACAUCGACCCAGAGCCCUCAGCUGCGUCUAGUGCUUCACAACUCAACGGUCACACCACGGCAGCCUUUCCUGAAACAAAUGGCACCGGAAUUCUCAACGGCCACGACUACCCACGGGCCGCUCGGUAUAGUUUUGACCCUGAAUGGCCAAACUAG